GUAAUGUCUGCUAGUUCGGAUCACUAGGCUCUGUAGUGUAAACAGUGUCGCUCUCGUGUGCUUCUCGCGGCAUCUCCAUGGCGACGCGCAAAUCCAGUUCAAGCAAACAGUGAGUCGUGGCAUGAACGCCGCUCAGUAACCUGCUCAUCAAGCUUCUCCAAUUGCAAAGCCGUCAACUGUCAGAGUACGAUCAUUUCAUAAAGUGCGGUGAAGUUUCACUGUAUCUAUUCUACGGUAUCACGUUUUCCAAUUCUCACUAAAAUGCACGUUUUCUCCGCUUGAUGUUCGUAUGAUCACAUCUUCCACAAGCGUGAAGUCUUGUCUUUGUACCUGCGUCUUGAUGUUAUGUUGUUGUUCUUGGACAGACCUGCUUGGGGCCAGGUGAGAACUGUCGUAUCUCUCGAAGACCGACCUUAUCAUCGAUUUUUUUUCGUACUGCGCUAUCUCUCAUAAUGGGAGGUGGCGAUCUUGUUGGGACUUGGGAAGUGCGUCUCAGCGACGGUGUCCACACGGUAGCCUUCGAGCACGGCACCACCACCGGCAAGAGAGUUGUUCUUGUCGAUUCGCAAGAAGUCGUCAAAAAAGAAUGGAUGUUCAAGUUAGUGGGCAGCGAAACUUUCGAGAUUGGAAGUGCAAAGUGCGUAAUAAAAAUAGAACCAAUGGGUGGGUUCGCCUACGAAUAUUCCCUUGAAGUCAACGGACAGACAUACAAGAAGUUCCGGGAGAAGCAGAGUCGCAUAUUACGUACGUGGGUGUUCCCUAUAAACUCUGUCAUGCAGAGGGUCGUGCUGGAGAGAGACACGCUCGACGUUUGGCUCAACGGUAGCAAACUAGACGUCGCAGCAGAAUUCGUAGACGGGGGAACUGAGACCCACUUCGACGUGUGCGGGCAACCCGCGUACAUCUGCGCUAGAAGCAGCGGGAGCAGAAGGGAAGGAAUUAUCCAUGCCCUGGUCGUCAACGGGGAGCAGGUGCCUGAGGCCAUCGAGUGAACUAAAUAGCGCAUGAAAUUAAACGCUCGUGUGAGUCUUAGAAUCAUAAUAAUUCAUCAGUAUUUAAAUGGCAUUCGCGUGUCAAAUUAUUACUCUACUGCGCUCAUGAAUCCGAUCACAUUUUCGAAAAAACGAGUUCUGAUUGAAUCGAUCUUUCUUCCAACAAAUUAAAAAAGCUAAAUGCAAAAAUAUUGAUCAAAACAUUGCAUAAGUUUAAAUGGAUCUGAUAUGAUUGGACUGAAAGUUAUAAACCUUAUGAUUAUCAAUGAAAAUUAAUUACCCGUGUGUUAUAAAUAAAAAUUUGGUGCUCUGCCAUUGAUCAAUGUUGAGUGUGAAUUUUAGUAGUUAGCAGCUUCUGCUGUGGCGUGAUUUUCGUAGACUGGUUCUCUUAUUCCCUCCAUCUCUGGCGGGAUGUUUGUUGUAGCCGCCUGGAUAUCAUAUUUCCUUUCGUCUGUGGCGUAAUAUUGUUCGUAGUCAGGUGUUCUCAUAUUCCCUCCGUCUCUGGAGUGAUGCUUCUCGUAGUCUGGUUCUCAUAUUUCCCUUCAGUUGUUGCGCGAUAUUCUCGCUUCUUCCGAAUGAAGGGACGAGGCUAUCGAUGAAAACGUGUCUCUUCUAGUUCGAAAUACGUCCGAAUUACAUCAACAUUUGAGCAAAUUGAAAGCUUUCGUAGUAACAAAUAUAUCCUUUUCCUCGUUGCCGAAACCUGAUUCGGCUGCCUCCUAGAGUCUUGCUGUUGUCAUAAGAAUUUCACUGCUUGGCACCGCUAUUUCCCUGCGUAUUUGAACGUCAGUUGAGAAUAGACUUGGGACAUUUUGAGAUAUUUAGUGAUUAAGAAAGCGCUGUGCACGAUCAAAGAACACCAAGGGAAAAUUACCCGUCCGUUACCACUUCUAUAGAUAUCUCGUGAUUCUCUGUGUGAUAUAUGUAGAGACAACAUGAAAAACUAAUCAAAGUUGAUAAUAGAAUUUGUUUACAGUCUCGCAGAAGUUGAAGUAUUUUUAUAAGUGCUUUUAAGCACUUAACUUUUUUCUCUCACGAAUAAAUGUGUAUGAACGUCAAUUAAGUGCGAUAGGAAACGACGACGUGAUUUUUCAACGUUUCCAUGCAUAGAAACUCUAUGGAUGGACAAUAUUUAAUGUUGUUGAUAAAAAUGUAU